GCUUUUGGUCCUGACAAUGUGGAACACUGGAUAAAGGUAAGGAUAUUUCAAAUUUAGAAUGAAAAGAGAAGAGUCAAGCAUAAUCAGAUGGAAAAGAAACAUGAAUAGAUCUCCACUUUGCACAUACUCUGCUAUUUUUAUUCCCAUAUGACUAUGUAAGUUGCCUUAAUUUUAUACUUUUUAGUAUUUUUUUCAUAAUUCUGUUACCUCUCAUGAAACCAUUUGAGUAGGAAUGACAAGAAAACAGGUGUGUAGACAUCGUUUCAAAUGCCAUGAGUAUCACAUGAAGAGGAUUAAAGGAGUUGUGAAAAGAAGCCUUGGGAGAGGAUAUGGUGGCCUUCCUCAGAUGUUGGAAAGACUGCACUGUAGUUACAAUGACAUAGGGACUAAUGGGUGAAAACUACAUGUGCAUCACAAAUAAGAAUUUUCUAAUGACUAGUCCAUCCAAAAGUGGACUGGGCAUUCUUAUAGAGAUGUGUUUUCUACCACUGAAGCUAUUUUAAUGGACUCUAAAUGGUCACUUAAUGUUAGGCUAAUGAACAAUAUGUUUGAGGAUUCAGUGAAGGGGAGAUUGUGUUAGAUAACCUCUGACAUCUCUUCCAGGCCUGAGAUAUGUAUUUUUGAGUCCGAGUACCAUUUAAUUUGAAAGUGCCAUUAAAUCAUUUCAGGUGUGUGCUUCUGCGUGUCAGUUUGGCAACUUGCCAUAUUCAAUUCAUCGUGUACCACAUGUUUCAAAAUCAUGCAGCAUUUUCCCGGGAAAAGACCAUUCUGACAGUAUUUUGAAGAGUGAUUACUCAUCUAAAUUGACAUGCAUCAUAAGCACCAGAUCCUAGAUAGAUGUAAUAGAUCCUAGGCCAGAUGUAAUAAUUUUUAACCAUUUAUUUAUUCAGCUGGUAUUUGAGUGCCUACUAAGUACUAGCCCACUGCGUUGGGUGUUGGAGCUAAAACAGAGCAGGUACAGCCCCUGCCCUCCCAGGGUUUACAGUCCAGUGGAGAAUAAACAACUUACCUAAAGCUCAUGAGAGAAUUAAAGAUAUAAUGGAAGUAUGUGGUGAGAGGCACUAAUUUAAAUGGGGUCAGGGGAAUUUUCCUGGCUACUGCAGAAAGCCUAACUUAGAAGACGACUAAAAUGGAUCUACCAUCAUGAAUGCUAGUCUCUAGGAAGGCCACUCCUCAAUAUCUAGUAAGACUAGCUUGCAUGUGAGUGUUGAGAGUCCCAGUGCCAAGUCCCUGCAGGGCUUAGUCACACAGUUAGUUACCAUCUCUUCAGAGGCAAAGAUUUAACUAAAACAGGAAGAUAAAAUUUUGCUCGAAUUUGUGACAUUGUCCAUUUUUGUAUAGUUUUCAGCCAGCUUGACUCAAUUUUUAACAUCUUUUAUCAUUCCUCUAACACUUCUGCAUUGGCUGUCUCCAUUAUGUCAUCAAAUCUCCUGUCUUGAAAAAAAUCAAUGUCUUUAUUUGAUCCUGUAAUCUAUUCUGAUUCCUGAACGAUUUCUUUUUCUUAUCUAAUGUUUUGGAUACAUGACUUGGACUCCUUGCCUUUGUAUUUUUCUUGUCCUCUUGUGUCCACAGUUAUUCUCCUGUGUCCUGAUUUCUUACCAUUCCACAGAAACUGUUGUCAUAAAUGACCUCCUGACCAAAUCCAGUAGUCUUUUGAUAGUCCUCAAAUUUUUUCAGAUUACAUUGACAUAGUUACCACUUCUUUAUUCUAGAAAUCCUCUCCUCCAUGGUCUUUUUGUAACUGUUUUUUUCCUGCUGCUUCUAAUACUUCCUUGUUCACUUCUCUGUCUUCUUUUCUUGUUUCAUUGCUAACUCUGGGUGUACCCUAAACAGUUAUAACCUCUGGACCUGAGACUUCAAAGUCCACUUGAGUGGACCACCCUUUCAAAAUCAGCUGAGACCUCUUUAUGUGAAAGAAGGGGAGAAUAUAUGGAAAGGGUAUGGAGCAUAGUAAAAAUUGAGAAAGGCCUCUCUUCAGAACAGAAAAGGAAGAUUUCUCAGUGACACUGGGGACAUGGCUGAAGCAGUUAACCAUAAUUAAUUUUUAAAUAUAUAUUUUAAAUAGAGAUGGGUUCUCACUAUGUUGCCCAGGCUGGUCUCAAACUCCUGGGCUCAAGCAAUCUGGUGGGCUCAGCCUCCCAAAGUGAUUACAGGCAUGAGCCACCAUGCCCAGCCCAUAAUAUUUUAUGGUACUAAAAAUUGGUAGAUCAGAUUGAUCCAGACUUGGAGGUUUUCACUGGAACAGCCAAGGAACAGGGGGUUUGAGGAUGCAGUAAGAUAGUAGCUGCAUAUCCACACUGAGUAGGAAAGGAAGGAACCCUUUCAAGGACUUAAGUUAGAAGAGGGAGGUGUACAGUGACUAGAAGACUUGGUUAGGUCCAACAUCAGUGUCAUAGGAGCAGGGAGAAUGAAACAGGGAGAUGGAUCAGAGGUUGAUGUUGGAGAAGGGGUUAUCAGUUUGGUUUGAGCAAUGGAAAAUGUUGUGAACCAUGCUUUGUAACAUGGUUCGGGGUCACCAUGUCAGUAGGUUGCUGAAGUGGAAUUGAGGGGAAAGCUGUUGGAAUACAGAAGAACAACCAAACCUCAAGGCUGAGAUGUUGGUGAUUCAUCUUCAGGGACAUUGAAAUCACCUAGAAUCAGAUAGAUGGUUGGGUAAAACUGUGAGUCCUGCAGCAACUCACUCAAAAUGCAACAGUCCACCAUGAUUUACAAUUUAUCCUCAUCUUGAUGAGAUGGACUAACUCAUCUUACUCCAGUGCAUCCUGUAACUUGAUUGAGCUUUCUAAACAUUUUAAUCAAAUCAUUUCCCUACUCUCCAAUCAUCAGUUAUUCAAUGUGCCAUCAGACGAAACUCUAUAAAUUCCAGAUGAGUAUUGACAGCCCUCUAGCAAUCAACCUAUAAUAUCAAUUUAUCUGUAGCAGUCCCUAUACGGAUCCUCCAUGACGCCAAUCAAGCCAGUCUCCUUCCACUCCAUCAGACAGGUGUUCCUUUUGCUUUGACUCAUGUCGAUCCCUCAGCCUGGAAUACUCAUCCUCUCUGAGAGGCCAAUCCAGAUCUUUCCCUUGCAGCUCAACUUGAGAUGCCCUUCUAAGUAGACAAAUCCCCCUUACCUACCUCCACCUCCUAAUCCCACUUUGUACUACUCUUUCGCCUAGAAUUAUUUUGGCAUUUAUAUACACAGAUACAGCCUCAAGCAUUUGCAUUUGUACAAAGUGAUUAGAAAAGAAUGGGUAGCUUCAAAAAUUUAUUACUCACAGAACUAUUUAUUAUAUAUGAGCAUGCAGUAUGUCAAGAAGCUCAUGUUUGUAUCCACUGGUUUUGAGGAAAUGAAGGAUGACAUUGUAACUGCUGUCUCUGCCAUCCAUGUUGAUAGGUUACAAAGGAUCUGUAGUGGACCAUGGGAUUGAUGUCUGCUGUGGGACACAAGGAACACAUAUUGAGCAUUUAUAAGAUCGUAGGAAUAACUGAGAUAGUUCCUUUGCAAGUAAUAUGUUUAUAUAUAACAUAGUUACUAUGAUACACUUUUGAAGGUGUUUAGUUUUUCUUAAAUCACCCUGCAUUGCUUCAGAACUGUCCUUGAGUUGUUUAUUGCACACAUGAUAUAGGAAACCAAAAACAAACAAAAAAAGCGAGCUUUUUAAGAACAGAAACUUUUAUUUCUGUUUCCACUUAAUGCCCACUCCAGUGCUGGGAACAGAGCUAGCCUUCAAUCAGGACUUGCUGGAAGAAUAAGUUGUUAAAUUGCCAAAAUGUUUUGCUUAAAUAUAGGGUAGCUCUCUCCUAUGUCUUACAUAUUUAUUUUGAAAAAGAAACUUAAGGAUGUAAUGUCUUAACACAAACAAAUAUAGAGAUUAUGUAUAGUCCUUAGUAUCAUCCAGUAGUUCUUUCUCCUGAAAUCUUCAUUUUAAGUGAUAUCUCAAACACUUGCCUUGUUAAAGCCAAGCGAACAUUUGUCUUUAUUUCCUUGUCAGUACCAGACUCUAUCCUUCUUUAUCCUUCAGUCUUUCUCCUCUUCUCUCCCAACCUCUCUACCCUCCUCUGUUAAGAACCUGUACAAAUUCCAACUCAGAUAGGAUGACACAUAAUACAUAAUUAUUUCUUUCACUCAAGGCCUGAGGAACUAAGUCAAGUCUACAAAUCUGUUGUUGUUAAUUUUUUGUUUGUGGGUUUUUAAAACACUAAAGUUGAUCAAUUUAUUUGUACAUUAUUUACACAUGUGCAUAUACAAACACAUACAGUAUAUGCAAAAUUCAUCUUUCUAUCUCAGAAUUUAAGAGCCUAAAGGAAAGACCAUGUACCAACCAUAAAUCCAAUACAUGACAUAUGCUACCAACAUAAAUUUGCAUGCAUCAGAGGCUAUCAGAAAUAAUAUGGGAAAAUAAGUCUCUACCAAGUGACUUCAUAAGGAGUGAAUGAUAUUUUCUUGACUCUAACUCUCAUGAGAUCAUGUUUUCUUCUGGCUCAUAUCUUUGCCUUAUGUUCUGUUUUCUCCAUCUUUUUCAAAUUACCCUUCACUUUUCAACUUUAUUCCUCUGCUUUUGUCUGACUUAAAGCUAAUGUAUGAAACACACAAGAAUUUGGAUGGAAAAGCCCAUGGCAAGUUUUGGCAGAGGUUCCACCAGUCUUUCCAUAAAGGGCAGGAGGAAAAGUCAUUUUCGGAAUAGGACAGGUGACAAUAUAAAUAUUGGAAAGUACAGCUUUUCUGAAUAAAGUUUUCAUGUAUUCAUUCCUUUAACAAAUAUUUAUUGGGCACCUGUUGAGUGCCAAGCAAUGUUCUUGGUGCCAAGUUCUCCUUGAGAAGAAGAUAAGAAUUCCUGCCAACAUUCUACCUGAGGGAGACAAUAAGUGAUUAAAUAUAUAAGAUGAGAGUGGAGAAAGCCUCAGAGUUUGCAGUGUCAAAUGCAUUUUUUACUAGAAAUUCAGAUUUACCUAGAAGUCCCUGGGGCCAAAUCACAGAUUUGAAAACAUCUGAGCAAAUAGAGGAUCAUGAUGAAAUCUAUGCAGAAGCUCAGGAGCUGGUCAAUGACUGGUUAGACACCAAACUUAAGCAAGAAUUAGCAAGCGAGGAAGAAGAUGAUGCUAAAAAGACCGUGUCAAGUGUCACUAUUAUGCCGGAAGCCAAUGGCCAUUUGAAAUAUGACAAGUUUGAUGAUUUAUGUGGCUAUUUGGAGGAAGAAGAGGAAAGUACCACCGUUCAAAAAUUUAUAGACCAUCUGCUCCAUAAAAAUGUGGUAGAUUCUGCAAUGAUGGAAGAUCUUGGAAGGAAGGAAAACCAAGACAAGAAGCAGCAGAAGGAUCCUCGUCUUACCAUGGAGAUGAGACAUAAGCAGGUAAAAGAAAAUCGCUUAAGACGUGAGAAAGAACUGGAGUACCAGAGAAUAGAAAAGACCCUGAAAAAAUCGGCCUUCUUGGAGGCUCAGUGUCUGGUGCAAGAAGAGAAGAAAAGGAAGGCUCUAGAGGCCAAGAAAGAGGAAGAGGAGAUUCAAAGGGCGAUGGUGAAGCUGCGGAGGGAGAUAAUUGAGAGGAGACGCACUGUGAAAGAAGCAUGGAAAAUAGAGAAGAAAAGGCAAGAAGAGAAUUCUCAAAAUAGUUCAGAAAAAGUCAUGUUUCAAAGUACUCACAUUCUUCUGGAUGAGGAAAAAAUGGCAAAAGAAAGAAAAAGGAAAUUGAAAGAAGUAUUAAUCCAAACUUUCAAAGAAAAUCAACAGUGUCAAAAACGGUAUUUCGCUGCCUGGCAUAAGCUGAUUCUUGAUCAUAGGAUUAAGCUGGGGAAAGCUGGGACCCUGUCUGACUGGAAGAUUCAGCUGAAGGUCCUGCGGGCCUGGCGAGACUACACAAGAUUCCAGAAGUUGGAGCGGGAGACUCAAGCCUUGGAAAAUGAUCUUGGGGAAGAAAACAGAAAACAACAACUGGCCACUGAGUAUAACCGGAAACAAGUUCUCCGACACUGCUUUACAGAAUGGCAGCAUUGGCAUGGCGCCGAGCUCCUGAAGAGAGAGCUGGCUCUCACAAAAGAGGAAACUAGGAAGAAGAUGGAUGCACUGCUGAAGGCAGCAUCACUGGGGAAACUCAGUGCCAGUGGGUCAUCAGGCAUCAGUCUACCCGAGGAGGCAACAGCCAUGGUGGGUCCACCAGUAAGAAAUGGACAGGAGACUGCUGUGCCCCCUUUGUGGGAAAAGCCUCCCUUGGGAAGCAGUGGUUGUAUGCUCAGUCCUCCCCUAGGAAGAACAACAACAGGCAACUUGCAGGGUUCCCUUCAGAAUGUCUCUUUGAGUGCACCUGGCAAUAAGCAGCACAAGACCCUGGGUGCUGAACCCUCUCAACAGCCUGGCAGCAAUGAGACACUCGGAACUACCAGCCAGAAAGCAGAACCACUUUGCUUGGGUCAUUUCCACAGCCGCCAUGUCUUCCAGCAACAGCUGAUUGAGAAGCAAAAGAAGAAACUUCAGGAACAGCAGAAAACAAUUAUCGAGCUGAAGAAAAACCAGCGGCUGGCAGAGGCUCAGUGGGCAGCAGAGCGUGCCUCAGCAGUCACAGACGCACAGAGCCACCUGCUGUCAAAGCCCAGAGAAGAGGAACCAAGAACUUGCCAGAUGCUUGUGAAUUCACCUGUUGCUUCCCCUGGGACUGAAGGCAGAAGUGACUCCCGAAAUUCUGUUUCUGGACUCAAAAGGAAACCAAAGCAAUUGAUGACACCGCAUCCCAUACUAAAAGCUAUGGAAGAGAGAGCAAUUCAACGAGCUGAACGUAGGCGGAUCUUGGCAGAGAAGAAGAAAAAACAACAAGAAGAAAAAUUGGCCCAGUUAAAGGCCCAAGAGGAGGAACGUCAGAAAAGGGAGGCAGAAGAAAAGGAGGCACAGCUUGAAAGAAAACGAGAAGAGAAGAGACUGAAGAAAAUGAAAGAACUUGAGAAGCAGAAGAGAAUUAAGAGGAACCAGCAGCUGGAAGCAAUAGCCAAAGAACAUUAUGAAAGGGUCUUGCUAAGGAAAAAAGGUCUAGAGCCUUGGAAGAGAUUGAGAAUGCAAAGCAAACAAAACAUCCAGGUGGCAGAAGAACAUUACUCUUUGUUCCUGCAGAGGAAAUAUCUGCUGACCUGGUUCCAGCGUAGUCAGGAAAGUCUGGCUAAAAAGAUGGCCCAGGCUAAUCAAUUUUAUUCCCAAAUACUGCUUAAGAGAGUCAUCCGGAGCUGGCUACAGUACAUGAUUGAUCUUCAGGAAGAAGUAAGAAAAUUUUGUGUACAUUUUCUUCAGAAGAAGAUUUUCAGGGCCUGGUUUAAUAUGGUCAGGGAGGUGAAGAUCGAUUCUCAGGGCAAGCAUGAGAUUGCAGCGGAGCACAGUGACAGGAGGAUCCUCUGGAUCACAUUUCGGACAUGGAAGAAGUUUGUAAAAUUUAUGAAAGAGGAAAGAGUAAAAGAAGAAAGGCGACAGCAACUUCGUAGGAAGGUAGUUGAAAUUCUUCCAGACUUCCAGAUGCCUGGAAGGGACCAUGAGCUAUACCAGCAAUCAGAUACUUGGUCCUCGAGUAAGACAAGUCUUUGGUGAACCAAUGAGCCAGAUUAGUGUAAUAUUUAGGACAGGAAGCUCGACUAGUCUGUAUGUGUGUUAUCUCCACCCACCCACACACGUACAUACAUACACCUGGUUUAUUCUCUACGAGCUACUUCUUAGAUCAAAGGAAUUAUUUUGAGAAUUUUUAUUCCCUUCUUUGACUUUUCCUGGAUUGCUAGUCAUUCACUAUAGCAUUUAUCACAGUGGGAUCAUCCAAAGGAACAUUCUAGAGAUCCUCUGUUCAAAUAUAUCCUAUAUAUUUUUAGCAUAGUAAACUUUAAAAAGGACAAGUGUUUGCCUGACUGAGCUGUGAAGAAAAAUGUGUCCAUAUAGCUUAACAUGAGUUGUUGAUAAACGUGACCUUAAUUAAAUAGAAAUAAAAAGUAGUGAGUACUUAGAAAAGGAAAGGAGACCAAGGCACUCAGUCUUCUAGUACAUUAGCAUCAGCGACAGGCACCCUACCAGACCUUGUCCAUUUUAACCACCUGAAGGCAGACUAUGUAUAUGAAAAGGUUCUCUACACAGCUGCUGCAGAGGAUAGCAGCUUAUCCUGAUUUCAGAGAAACUGAGGCACCAGAGAUGCACCUUGAUAAGCAUGAAGGAAAUUCCAAAAGGUAAUAACUAUCAUGACAGUCCAGCAAUUCAUUAUCUGUUCAUGCUCCCAACUGUAACCGCUGAAUAAUAAACUCAGUUUGUCUUCUAGUGCUCAGCUCAGUUUGAUCUAGAUAUUGAGAUACCUAUCUUGAAUUCAAAGAAUGUUUUCAUUUUUAAGGUGCUAUAAAGACUGAUACAAUACUCUCUUCUGUGAAUUGUGUUAGAGAAUUACCUGCUAGAAAAAUAAUUUUUCAUUAUAAAAUACACAUGUAUUAUAACAAAUUCAAGUAGUCCAGAAAUGCAUAUUGUAAAAUGAGAAAGUCCUGUGCAGUCCUGAGAUGAUUACCCUUAUUUGGUGUGCUGAAAAUUUGAGUUGACAAAAUAAAAUUCUGUGGUUUUUUAAGUGAA